AUGCUCCUCCUCUUCCUCACUCAGCUAGCACUGCUAGCCGGCGUCCUCGCCCGCUCCCCAGUCCACCCAUCCAAGGAAACCUUCUUCCACGGGUUCAUCAACGACACGAUCCCAUCGCUAGACGCCUGGCCCAAUCCGCGGGACAUUGCCUAUCAGCAUGCCGCCGCCUCCUUCGCCUCUCUCUCGUACCAAGACCGCCAAUCCCUUCUCACCCGCUUCCACCGCGCCGGUAAAACACUCAGAGUCGGCGCCUUCGGACGCGGCGACACGCCAGCCUCGGCCAACCCGCCCCUCAAUGCGAUUGACGUUGCCAAGUCGCUCGCCAACUUUACAAAGACAAACGGACUCGACGGCAUCGACAUCAACUUCGAGGACACGGCUGCCGUCGAGGGCUUCAGGGCGCCGGGGUGGCUGAACAGCUUCCAUGCCGUGCUUAUCCAGGAGCUGGGCCUCUUCCAGCCGACAACGCCUCCGAAGCCGGCUGCUUCUGCCAACGCGACCGUGCCCCAGUCUUCGCCUUCGGCCCAGGUAUCUGACCAAGUGACCGAAAAUGAGACCGAUGAGGGCGAAGAUGAGGGACAGGACGUGAAUGGGAACGAGGGGGAUGAUACGGUCGAACAACAGAGCCGGCGCAGCCGCCUCGGUCUCCCCGCCAAGCGCAGCUAUGACGAGGGCUAUAAGGGCCGGCAGCGUGCACAAAUCAACAACACGCUGGAGGACGACGGGCACGGCCGGAUCGGUAUUAUCGCCGCCCCCUCUGCCUCUCCUUCUAAUGCCACGAAGCCCUUCAACAUCGACACCGUGCACGGCCGCCGUCCCCUCGUCCCCCCGCCAGUACACCGCACCCCUCUGUUGACCUAUUCCCCACCUGCAACCCUCUUCGCGGGCCGGGGCGGCGAGGAAUUCGCCCGUUUCUUCAACGGCAAGCAGUCCUCCGUCUCGCGCCUCCUGGUCCAAUUCUACUCCGCCAACGCGACGUACGACACGGCCGAGGCGCUCUUCGGGAACGGCACAGAGGCCGCGCCCGGCCGGGCACGCAUUGCGGCUCUGACGGGCUGGGACGCGAACAAGAUCAUCGUCCAGAAACCACUGCAGGAGAACCAACCCGGUCAUGUUGGUGCUGAGCAGCUGGGCCACUUGUUCUGCGAGGCGGGACAGCGCGUCAACGGCCUCAGCGUGUGGCGCAUCGAUUACCGCGACACUGCUAUUAGUAAUGAGUACCUCGCCGCUGUGAGGGGGUACAAGUGUGGCAACCGGCCUAGCUCGCCGCCGCCGAACCCGACGCCGUCUCAGACGCCAUCAGCGUCCGCUUCGGUAUUGCCCUCGGCUGCGCCUUCAGUCGCGUGCCCCGUAGAGUGA